AUGAACGGCGCACCGCCACCGCUUCCAGAUCGCUCGAGGGUGGCUCGGCCGCCCGAGCCAAAAAGCGGCAUGCGCAGACUGCUAUUGGUCUAUAUCCAUGGUUUUAUGGGCUCAGAAGCCAGUUUUCACGACCUCCCAGCGCAUGUACAUGAUUCAUUGACGACCGUCUUGGCCGGAUCACAUAUUGUUUACACUCGUAUUUACCCGCGGUACAAGUCUCACGGUGAAGUCCAAGAGGCUGUGGAUCAGUUUAGCAACUGGCUAGCGCCCCACGAAGCAGAUGACUUGGAUGUAAUCUUGCUGGGCCACAGUCUCGGCGGGAUUGUGGCUGCAGACGUCGCUCUCCAGCAAGUAGAUGGCCAUGCCAGGAAUCGGAUCUUGGGCCUAGUCAAUUUUGAUGUACCCUUCCUGGGGCUUCAUCCACGUGUCAUACCAACAGGGAUUGGCAGCUCGAUUCCGAAGAAGGAUGUGACCGUGGAAGAUGGACUUGCUGGAGAGCAAGAAUCGUUAGGCCUAGAGCCCGCCUUCAAGCCUGCCCGGAGCCCCAAUUUCGACCCGGCUUUCCAAAACGAUGUGCGGCUGGUCGAUCGGGGAUUCUUCAAAGGAGUCUUGAAUUUUGUCAAUAAGAACAAGAAUAACCUACCACGGUCUGUGUUCGACCGCUUUGCAUCGACUUUCAGAUUCGCGGGUUGUGUCAAUAACUAUUCUGAGCUUCGCCAGAGGUACCGACGUCUCAAAGCAUUAGAAGCUGCCGAGGGGAAUCCUCAGAGAGUGCGGUUUAUCAAUUAUUACACAGCAAGCACGGGCCGGAAAUCUCAGAAGGAGGAUGCCAAGCAUGAAAAUGUGGCCACUGAGGCCGAUGAUGCCUCUGCGAUCCCCGACGAUGCCACGAAGACUGGAGAAUCCGCGGGGACUCCAAGCGAGAAGACUGGCUUAACGGAAGAAAGCACAGAAUUGAAGGCCCACGAUCAACCAACAGAGAGCGAUCGGAAGAAGAAUCAAAUACCGGAAACCAGUCUGCAGCAUGAAAAGGAGACUGGUGAUGAAUCAGAACAUCAAAAGCAACCUGACAUAUCAGCUACAAGCGAGGAACUGGAGCGGGAGGGCUCCAAUGCUACUUCAAUACCUGUGGAACCCCAGACAGGGAACAAUUCCUCCUUAGAUCUCACGAGCACUACAUCGUCGAUGUCAACAGACCAAAAAGAGAGCAUCAUGCCGUCAGAGAACAUUUCACUCACAACCACAGAGUCCACAGUAAGUGCGAACAAGACUGAAGGAAAGUAUCGAAAGUUCAUUCUAUUGCCAUCUCAUCAUUGGAGCUACGACGAUAAUGCGUACUGGACACCCCUCGUGAUGAAAAAUAUCGACGAAGUCGAGGCCCAUCAGACUAUCUUCAACACCAGUGGAAAGCACUAUGAGUACCUAGUUGGAGAUCUAGUGGCUUUGAUCGAGAACUGGGUCCAGGAUGACCUGACAAGACGACUUCUAGAAGAGAGUAAUGACUACUAG